AUGCCCGGGAGCCUGGCGGGACUCGGGCUGGGGCUGGCGCUCGCCUUAGCCCUGCUGCUGCUACUGUUGCUGCGCGGAGCCUGCUCCGGGUCCGGGGAGCCGCUGGACGCCGCAGGACAGUGCCGGCCGCCUGGAUCGCAGGGAGACCUGAACUCGUUUCUCUGGACCAUUCAUCGGGACCCUCCUGCCUACCUGUUUGGCACAAUCCAUGUUCCAUAUACACGAGUCUGGGACUUCAUACCAGACAAUUCGAAGGCAGCCUUUGAGGCCAGCGCCCGGGUCUAUUUUGAGCUUGACCUCACUGACCCCUACACCAUUUCGGCCCUGGCGAGCUGCCAGCUGUUGCCCCAUGGUGAGAACCUCCAGGACGUGUUGCCCCGGGAGCUCUACCGGCGUCUCAAGCGCCACUUGGACUACGUGAAGCUCAUGAUGCCCACCUGGAUGACGCCUGACCAGAGGGGCAAAGGCCUGUAUGCCGACUAUCUGUUCAAUGCCAUUGCCGGGAAUUGGGAACGCAAGCGCCCAGUCUGGGUGAUGCUUAUGGUGAACUCACUCACAGAGACGGAUGUGCGCUCGAGAGGCGUCCCGGUGCUGGACCUCUACCUGGCGCAGGAGGCCGAGCGCAUGAAGAAGCGGACUGGAGCAGUAGAGAGGGUUGAAGAGCAGUGUCACCCUCUCAACGGUCUCAACUUCUCCCAGGUGCUGUUUGCGCUGAAUCAGACCCUGCUCCAGCAUGAGAGCCUCCGGGCGGGCAGCCUGCAGGCCCCCUAUACCACAGAAGACCUCAUCAAGCAUUACAACUGUGGAGACCUCAACGCUGUCAUCUUCAACCAUGACACGUCCCAGCUUCCCAACUUCAUCAACACCACGCUGCCCCCGCAUGAGCAGGCCACGGCCCAGGAGAUCGACAGCUACUUCCGUCAGGAGCUCAUCUAUAAACGCAAUGAGAGGAUGGCUCGGCGAGUCAUGGCGCUGCUUCGAGAGAACGGGGACAAGAGCUUCUUCUUCGCCUUUGGUGCAGGUCAUUUCCUGGGGAACAACACUGUGAUUGACGUCCUACGCCAGGCUGGGUUCGAGGUGGAGCACACCCCACCAGGGAAAGCUGUGCACAGUUCCAGCCCCCGGAGCUCCCAGCCCCCUUCUCCAGAUCCCGUAGUGACCCUGGCUCCCACAAUGCCUAUGAUGGAGCAGAGCCCAUCCUCCUCGCUGGCCUCCACGCCUCCCGGGCCAGGGGAUGAGGAGGAGGAAGACGAUGACCUCUUGUCACCCCAUCUCCUGCUCUCUGACAGCCUUAGCCAGCUGGAGGAGUUUGGGCGGCAAAAGAAAUGGCGGCGGAAGCAUCAUAAGCAGCACCGGCCAAGACAGUUCAACGACCUGUGGGUCCGGAUCGAGGACAGUACAACCACAGUACCUUCUCCGUCCAAGGCCACCAAUGGCUAUGACACCGCCAGGCCUCCCACUAGGUUCGCCAAACAGCUGGAGCAUCGGCCACCACCAGCCCCACCAGAACCUCCAGGGCCCUUCAGAAACUCAGCCUCAGUUGUCUCUUCCCUGACUUCCUUCCUUCUCAUCACGAUUGGCUCUGUCCUCCUGCAUAUGGUGGGGCCAUCCUGA